UAUACAGAAACAAUUACAAUAUUUAUAAUUAUCGUAUGUUACAAAUUCAACAUUGUCACAAGUGCAAACAAUACACUUACUUUUGCCAACAAAGAAAGGAGUAAAAGUCAUACUUUUUUUACGGUUAUUUUGACUGUUAGUUGAAGUUAUGUCUGAAGCAGCGAUGCGAAAAGCCUUGGCACUCGAUAACGGAUCUUUGAACAACGAUUAAACGAUUAAAAGGACACCGGACUGUAUAUUUUGUUUUGCUUGAAAUUAUGAAAUUGAACAGCAGCUGUUAGAUUUGACGGGUCUCUUCUUUAAUGUCCUUGAUGUGGAAAAAUUGUACAAUAUGCGUGCUUACAAAUUGCACAAACCAAUCUAACGAUUCGAAUAUCACAUCCGUGGGAUUGGAAAGAUGCAAAGAGGCCUUGUCAGAAAAACCUUUUUCAUCGACGUUUCGAGUUUUCGCAAUAAUAGCUAUUGUGUUCAUGAUAGCGACAGCUGUGUUUGGUAAUGCAGUCGUGUGUUAUAUUGUAUAUCAAAAGCCCGCGAUGCGUUCAUCUAUAAAUCUCCUGCUGGCCAAUCUGGCUUUUGUAGAUGUUCUUAUAGCUCUGCUCUGUAUGACUGCCUCUUUAGUUACAGUGAUUGGAGAAGAAUGGCUGUUGGGCUCAGUUUUAUGCAAAGUGAAUGCAUUUUGCUUUUCAUUUUUGGUGACCGAAUCAACAUACAUACUGCUUGCAAUUAGCUGGGAUCGUUAUCUCAUAAUUGUCCGCCGGGAAGAGACGCUCACACCAUACAAGGCGAAGGUCAUUAUCAGCAUAACCUGGGUAAUAUCAUUCAUCCUAUCCCUUCCACCUACAUUUGGAUGGGGGAGAUAUAACUACGAGAAGGGACACAUUGUGUGUUCCCUUGAUGAUGACGCCUUCUCGUAUUCCUUAGUGUUCUAUAUUCUAACCAUUAUUAUCCCUAUGCUCAUUAUGGGUUAUGUUUAUUACCGGAUUCUUUGCACGGUUCGUAAAAACUCAACGAAAGUUGUUAACCACCCUCCUGUGUCAGGCGUAGAGACUCGUGUCCACAAGCGAGGUAAAAUGAACAUUGAUUAUGGCUUCAAAACCAGAGCCUUUUUGACAAUUCUGAUUCUUUUCAUUGGUUAUUUUUUCUGCUUCCUACCCUAUCUUGUCACUCGGCUAGAUUUGGUUACAGGUCGAAACUUAGAAACCACAAGCUUCACACAAGUUGUGCUUAUUUUGCUCUGCUACCUAAACAGUGUAUUAAACCCUAUGGUAUAUUAUGUCCGUAUUGGUAAAUUUAGAGAAGCAUGUCGAGACAUUGUGCCCAGUUGUUGCUGUCUGUCAUUUUUAUGCGUUCCAAAGCGACCAUUGCGAAGGGUCUGUCCUCAUGUUAUAUACGAAGUCAGUGACAGGAGCGAAAAAUCAGUAUCCUUUAGCCUUUACUCAAUGGGCGCUUUUGAUUGAAUAUGUCUCAGUUGUUGGAAAUGUAUAUUGAAUAGAAACAGCAUUCAUUGUAUAGAUAAUUAUAUUCAAAUUUUAACUUGUAAAUACAUAAAGUAUCAAAAUAUAUUUAUUGCAUUUUAAUGAUUUUAACAGAUAAUAAAUAAAGUAUAUUAAUUUAUGAAUUAACCAUUGCUUUGUCUCUUUCCAUAAAAUUAAGUUAUUAUAAUUGAAUGUGUUGCAUAACUGGGGUUAUUAUGGUGUUGGAAUGAGGGAAAUGGUCAUGCAAACCAAAGGUAGCUGGCUCAAUUCCUAUGUGUUCAACCACUACUCAUUUCAGCCCUCACAAUAAUGAGGGAGCAGCAGGGAGCACUCUUAAAUGUGGUAUAUAACAACUGCCAGAGACUGGCAAAAAACUGGACAUUCUGAUGUGGGGACCAGUGUCAGGAUAGUUAAGAAAUGGCUCAAAAUACAGGAAAUACAUUUGACUUAGAUCACCAUUGUCAUACAGUUUAUAUUUUACAAGUCUGCAUGGAUAUUUUUGAUGUUUAAUGAUUAUAUAUCAUACUAGUAUUUAACCACCACCCACUCCUACUUAACCCACUUGAUAGGUCUGUGUUGAUGUUCGAAUUAAUAACUAAUAUCAAUUAACUACUUAUAUUAAUCUUUCAACCUUAAUUUGUGACAUUUGACCCCGAGUCAGAGUGUGUCGCAAACAUUGCUCGGUCCUAGUC